AUGAAGUUUUUCGCGAGCCGAUCCCUUGGCGCAGCCGCAAUUGCGCUGGCCGUCAGCUGCACUGCAUCUGCGAACAGUGGAACUCAAGGAGGAGUUCAAGAACCUCCCAGCAUCCUUCACAAGGCUAUGGACGGCCUUUGCCUGGAGACAUUUGCCCGAGCGUGCGCCGAGAACCCUCACUUUUGCGUCAAAGCAGUGGCCCGCCGCGGGGUGGGCGGCAGCUCGCAAGGAGAGGAGGCUUGGCGCUGCUACUCGGUUAAGGAGCUCGAUUUCAGUCUGAGCAAACGAGCAUGUGUGGACGACUGUGGGGAUAUUAUUGAGUGUCAGGGGGCUGUCAGUGACAAUUCACUGGAACACUUGUCCGUGACUGACAGACUUGUGAAACUAUUGGAAGACACCAGGCACGGCACUUGCAAAAUGCAAAACCGGAGCAGGAACGUUGCGUUACAGAGGUAG